AUGUCGACAUCCUGGAUCUACAACUUAAAGAAACCAGAGCUAAUACAAGAAGCCGAGAAUAGGAAUAUCCCAACGACUGACCUUACAGUCGAGCAGAUACGAAAACUGCUAGCAGAAUCCAUAAAGACCUCAGACGAGUUCGAAACACCAGAAAAAGGAAAACCCUUAAAGAUGACAGAGGACGAAGGAAAAAUUAACGCGAACAAGUUGACCAAACUAAUCCGGGAGUGGGACCUGUCGUUCAAAGGAUACGACGACGCCGAGGAAUUCGUAGAAAGACUGGAGGAGUUUAUGACAGCGAGCAGUAUAGACAAGGAGGAAAUACUACCCGCGCUCCCGCGUAUAAUGCAAGGGAAAGCAUUAGCGUGGUAUAGAAACCACACCGAUUCAUUCCAGAGCUGGGACCAGUUCCUAAAACUCUUCAAAAUGUACUACUACCCGAGUAAUUACGAGGAGAACCUAAUUACCAAGAUAGCAGCAAGUAAACAGCGGUUCGGAGAAAGUUUUGUCGAUUACUUGACUGACCUGCAGACAUUAAUGCGAAGAUACGGGAAACUCACCGAGAAAGAAAGACUACAUAGGAUACAUGAAAAUAUGGAAAAAAAUUACAAGCUCUACAUAAAGAAAAAUGACUUCGAGAACCUCACCGAUCUGGUAAAACUAGCAGCAGAUUAUGAGGACAUACACACACCGAGGUACAGUCAACUCCGGUACCGGAACGCCAAUACUGAGCGCGAUAACCACGAAGGGACGAAGAUACACCCAAAAUACGACCCAAAGACAUGCUGCUGGUCGUGUGGAAAACCGGGCCACGACACUAGAGAGUGUCGGGCAAAGAAACGCAUAUUUUGCAGUAGCUGCGGCACAUUGGGGGCACUCAGCACGAAUUGCUGUAAAAAGAAGAGCGAGUGGGGAAAACCACAGCCAAUAGGAGCCGCCCGCGACGAGGACAACGGCGACAAUAGGCAGUUCAUCAACAUGUCCAUAAACGGAACAACGUACAGUUGCCUAAUAGAUACAGGAUCAACUCACACGUACAUAAAUGAAACGGUGUAUAAAGCGUGCAAAGAAAAGAAAAGCCAAGAGCAAGAAACAAAACGAAGGAUCAUCCUCGCAAACGGCACGAGAGCUCAAGUACGGACAAGCAUACGAGUAGAAAUUGAGAUAAAAAACAGAAGGCUCCAGCACUGGGUGCGUGUAAUGCCCAUGGUAUCAGCCAUAAUCAUAGGGAUGGAUUUGCUAACAAGAUUAGGUGUGAAAAUCACGUGGCCUAGUACACAGGAUGAAACAAACAGCCACCAUGAUGAAGCACAAGGAUCAGCACCAUGCCAGACAACGGCACAUCCAGAAACAGAGAGUCCAAAGCCGCGAACAGUAACAGAAUUAGUAAUUGACCCACAACAACAAAAGUUAACGGAACCGGAAAAAGCAGAAUUGGAAGAAAUACUAAAAACCGAAUUCAGGAAAUGCGACGCCAGCCCGAAGGGAAAUACAUGCGUCCAACAUAAGAUAAGGAUGAAGCAUAACGAGACCGUCAAGCAAGAAUAUUACCCCAGGAACCCCAAGCAACAACAGUACCAAUUCGACAUAAGAUAUAGAAACGGAAAGCGGAACCAGGUAGCGGACGAAUCAUCAUGGAGCCCAGUAUACGCCAGCCAGCCAGCGCUGCUGCACAGCGCAACAGCCAGUCAAGGCUGGUACGGAAGAAAAUUACUACAAACACAAAAUUAUCCAGAUACAACACAAGAAUACCGCGUCGAAGGGGGAAAACUAUACAGAAAAAUAAUCAACCGAAAAAGCAACACACAUACGGAUCCAGACACGGAAUGGAAAUUAUGUGUACCGGAGGCCAGGAGGUCACAGAUAAUGGGGCAAUACCAUGACACGCCGAGUGCCGGACACCUAGGCAUAGCUAAAACCACUAGAAAAGUUAUGCAACGAUAUUACUGGCCCGGAAUGCAACGUGAAAUAUACAAAUACGUAAAAAAAUGCAACGCCUGCCAGAAACGUAAAGCAAUGCAACAAAACACUCGAAACCAAGAUAGCAAUAGGUAUAUGACAAAACCACAACGGGAUAAAUACCUAUCGGAAUUUAACUUCGCCCUAAACACGCCAAUUCAUGAAUCGACCAAAUACACUCCAGCAUUGGCCAAGAUACCUACGAAAAUUAAAGCUAAACGCAAAUAUACAUCCCAUUUCAUAGGUACCAACAACCAACCGGCGGCAAUAAUAUCAUAACCAGCAAAUAACACAAAACCUCGAAAUCAUAUUUUUGCAGUUAGGUCAAGGAAAAUAUUUGGAUAUUUACCUAAACAAAAGUUAUCACAGUAAACAAAUAACUAAAGUUUAGAAACGAAUCGAUAUCGCAUCACGAGUGGUUCAACCGAAAUGUACCUAUCCUUAUUUAAAAAGUAAAAAUCUCCAGACGAAGAGGGGGUAUGUGACAUAGCUAUGUCACCAGCGCGCCAUGUCAUCACAGCGGCGCGCCCCGCGCGGAAUCGAGCCCACCGGCAGCGCACGGCGCAGUGGAGGGGAUCGCCGGCCGACCAUAUUUAAGUGCGCGCAGCCAGUGCAGCAGCCCUUUCCGUCCCCGUCGCUUCACGGCGACGCUCCCAUCCACUUAUCCUCCAACAACCAAGGCCGGGGUGACCAUUUCGCGCCUAGGCCGGGUUGAUAUCCGAUUACCACCGAAUUCCCAAACCAGGGCCGGGGUGACCAUUUCGCGCCUAGGCCGGGUUACCUAUAUAUCCUAUCUCUCCCGUGAUCAGGGCCGGGGUGACCAUUUCGCGCCUAGGCCGGGUUACGAUUCCUACCCGCUGAAACCCUCCUACCUUAUUUUAUCUCCCCCGUGAUCAGGGCCGGGGUGACCAUUUCGCGCCUAGGCCGGGUUACGGUUUCCUACCUCCUGACCCUCGAUAGGUCCCUGUAGUUGUAGGCCCUUCCGGCGCACCCUAGAUUGAUUCCGUUUAACCCCGGCCGGCCGGGGAAGGUUAGAUAUAGCAUAGGAUAGGCCGCGU